UUUCCAGCAUUUUUCGGUAUAAUUGUCUAAAUUAUUAGUUUUAUUUAAUUUCUACGGUAGUUUAUAGUCUAACAUGGAAUUGGACAUUGAUAGAAAAUUAUCUAAUAGAAUUGCUCCUCCUGUUUGUCACGCUAUUGCCGGAUUGCGCAGCCAUCUGAAGAGCUAUCUUGCUUUUGUGGACCAAAAGACACACUGAACGGACCUACAGUACAUGGCUACCCUGUUGAAUCUGGUUUCUCAAGGUUUUUUCUCUCCACCAACAACCAUCUGAUGAUUUUUCUUUCCUUGCCAGUCGCAUUUAGCUUACUCACUGGGGGCUUAAAGACAUUAAAGCAUGACCUCUUUUAAAGUUGCUUUGAAACGAUGUGCAUUGUCAAAAGCGCUUUAAAAAUAAAAAUGACCUGACAAAUUAAUGGACAUAUUGGAAAAAGUUGAAGCCUUAGUUCAGCAUCGUAUGACCUGGGUGAGCUCCCGUAACGAUGGACUUGGUUUCUACAUAAUAACAAGCGUUUUGGUUUGGGAAACAGUCAUUACUCAGUUAUAAAUUAACGUAGGCCUACGACGUUAGUUAAGAUGAUCUUUAAAGCGUAAAUUGCAACGCUAUCGAAAAAUCCAUCUCUAAUCUUUUAGGUGGCAGAUUGUCCCUUUAAUCGAUUCUUUUAAAAGACCCAAAUUUAAUCCAACCAUAUAAUGGAUUAAGAAUGUCCUCAAGCCAGAUAAAUCAAACUAAAUCAUUCCAAUACAGAAAAAACAAAGAAAUAGGUGUACUUGAUUUGAAUUUCUUUUCAGAUUUUUAAUUGGCAACCUAUAAUCGACAUUAAAUUAUCCUUUGUAUUUACAUUUUAUAUAAUUGUUGAAGACGGUGUUUAUUGAAAACAUCUAGAUGCUUGUGUCUCUGAAUUGGCUGAAUCCGUAAGCUAUUCGUGUUAUUGUGCAGGUCACGACGCAUUGUUUCGGCAGAUAUAAUUUUUCUACUGCAGUGUCGUUACCCUUUGAAUGACCUCGCCGCAUGCUCUAUUCGAGGUUGACGCUCAAUGGGAGUGCCGCCUUUAACCAGAGGGUGGCGCGCGGCCACAAUCUUUAACCGAGCCUACAACAGCUAUUCGGUAAAACUCUGAUUGCGCGCUCCACCCUUAUUUCCUGCUUAUGCGUGAGUUUACCACUGGAGGUCACAGAACAGGAUUUACGACUGGUCAACAAAAACACGUGACUUAAGCCGUACCCCAUAUUUGGGAGCCUACGUAAGGCAGCAUUAAGUCUGUCUCAACUCAUUUCCAUAAUUCAUCAUAAAUUGUGCAAGGGUGCAAUAGAAGCUCAAAACCAUCAAGAGAAACAAAUCAAACACACACGGUAUUGUUCUCUCCACAACAGAAGUUACAGUGAUUAAAAUAAUUAUAAGGUAAUUAUUGUCAACCAAUGAGCUCUUAUUUUAUGAACUCAUUCUGCGGUCGCUAUCCAAAUGGCGCGGACUACCCCUUACAUAACUAUGGAGAUCACAGCUCAAGUGGCCAAUAUAGAGAUUCUACGGGCAUGCAUGCGGAUAGGUAUAGCUUUGGCUACAAUGGAAUGGAUCUCAGCACCGGGCGCUCUACCACCGGGCACUUUCUCUCAUCUGAUGAGCGAGCUCAAAACUACACAGACAGUCCAACUGCGACGCCUGUCCAGUACAAUCGACCGGUAACAACGAGCAGCGUUGAGUCCCAGUCGUCUUCCUCUGACCCUUUCCCCUGCUCGUCCUUAGCCAAAUCUCCUGCCAGCAAGCCCCCACAACGCGCCCUGAGAACCUCACUACCGAACACCAGUGGCUCUGUGACCAAAAGUGUUGGGGCUGUUCUCAGUUGCGAGGACAUUUCUAAAGCAUCCAGCACCAUGGAAGAAGAAAAACCAGAGGGAAGUGCGCAGACAGCCUCACAGAAUGUUUCCGACACGCAGCAGCCACAGAUUUAUCCAUGGAUGCGAAAACUUCACAUAAGUCAUGACAGUUUGGCCGGACCGGAGGGGAAAAGGGCAAGGACAUCCUACACACGAUAUCAGACACUUGAGCUUGAGAAGGAGUUCCACUUCAACCGGUACCUGACACGUCGCCGACGAAUUGAGAUUGCACACACGCUCUGUCUCUCGGAGAGACAAAUCAAAAUAUGGUUUCAAAACCGCAGAAUGAAAUGGAAAAAGGACAACAAGUUGAAGAGCAUGAGUAUGGCAGCUGCCGGUUACCGGCCCUGAGAUGUGUGUGUGUGUGUGUGUGUGUGUGUGUGUGUGUGUGUGUGUGUGUGUGUGUGUGUGUGUGUGUGUGUGUGUGUGUGUGUGUGUGUGUGUGUGUGUGUGUGUGUGUGUGUGUGUGUGUGUGUGUCCUAUUUCCUUACCAAUACUUUUGUUCCUCAUAACAAAGGGCAUGAAGGUUAUGGGCUUUUCCCAUUUCGUGAAAGACUUUCCAUGCACGACAAAUGUAAAGCCAUGUUUUUCGGCUUUGUCCAGUAAAAAAAAAAAAAAUCUAAAUGUUUUCAUGAACUGUUGCUAAUGUGUGUCUAUCUUUGCACUGUUUUAGAAAAAUAAAUAGUUUUGACGAAAAAUGUUUGAAGUUUCUGAAAGAUGCAUUUAAGAACUUGUAAAACAAUUAAGUUGGACUUUUACGAAAAAAAGAUUUAGUUGUUGUUUUUAUGUCUUCUGAUGUGUAAAUGUACAUUUUGUAUAUAAUGUAUUUAUUUUAAUUUGAUAUCUAAUGUCGAUUUAUUUUUUAGUCAUCUUGAAGUUGUAAUUGUUUCUGUACUUGAAGCUGUAAUGUCGUCAUUUGUGUUCUGUUCAAAUAUUUCUGUUCAGACCUGUCUGCAUAUUUGUGGGUUGUGUGUGUGUUUUACGUUUUCAAAUGUUGGACAACAUGUGUUGGACCUUGUGAAUUUUGAAUGAUAACUGGAAUUGAAUGAUAUAGAAAACUCUCAAUACUGCUAAUGGUGAAUAAAAUGAUCAUGUCAAUAAAUUUUUUACUUUAAAUAUUAGAUCUCAAUGUUGUCAGGUUUGCUUUUUGCCGAGUGUAAUAUGCAAGUCAUUGAUGUACGAAUAGAACAUUAAUUGUUAUGCAAUUAUUUAAU